AUGCCAAACAGUGAGCGAGGUCGGUAUCUGUGGGUGAGUCUGUCGUUGGUGAUCCUGACGCUCACGUUUGUGUCGUCCAAUGCCCAGUUGGACAACAGAUAUAUCGACACCAGGGGUCAAUGCAACGUCAACGGAAAUGUCUAUCGACACGGACAAAUCUUUACCAUUCCCGGCCUCUCUCAUUGUCUAAAGUACCGUUGUGCUAGCGGAGGAUGGGACAUUUAUGAAGAGGCGUGCCAACACAACGGCAUCUGCCGGCCGGUAGGUUCCAGCUUUGAAGAUGCCUGUCGGACAUACACCUGUACCAAGACAUCACGCAACAACUACAGCUAUUACCAAGCGACUCUAGUCAGGACACAAUGCCAAGACUACUACGGAGCCUGCCGACAACCAGGCAGCCAGUUUCCUUACGCCAUCAACGGCCGAGUCUACCAAGACUGUUCCUGCAGCACGGCCAACAAUGGCUACAUCAGCUAUCAGUGCCGGGGAUAA